AUGAAGCCGAAGCGGCGAGCGCCGCAGAGGGUGCAGCGGAAGCCGAGCACGGUGGCGAGCGUGGGCGGCGGCAGCUGCAUGCGCUUCAUGCUGCUCUUCCUCGCCGCCGCCGUCCUCUUCUGGAUCCUCUCCUCGCGCUCCGAAGCCAUCGCGUCGUCGUUAAACGCCCUCAGUCGACGCGCGAAAAUAGCCGGCGGCGGGGACAAGCCACUCGUUAGAGACCUCCUUGGUACGGGAGCCGCGGGGGCGACAUCUAUAGAUGUAUUUGCGAGCGAUCCGUUGGCCAACGAGGAACCGGUGCCGCAAAUAUCGCUAUCAGGAACGGACGGGCAGGGGGAGGAAGCGGAUCUUGCGGGGACGGUAGAUUCAGAGGACUUGGGAGCGUUGACUGCGGCGCAGAACACGCAAGAAACCACCAGCGAGCAGGGCAAGGCGGCGGCCGACGCGAUGGAAGAUGCGACGAGGAAUGAGGCGCGGAGUGCGGCGCGUAGAUCAGCAGACGAUGCACCGCUUGUCAAAUCUGCGGGUUUGCGGGGCGAUGGGUUGUCAACGGGAGAUAAGAAGUCAGACGCGAUCAUCGAGAAGCCGCGACCUGCCGCUAACGUGAUCGUCAGCGUGACGCAACCCGCCGCUGUAACGAAACCCGCAACGACGAAACGGAAAAAGCGACGAGUGAAAGCGCCUUUAGCGCGGUGGGCGCCGCUCAACGGCAAGUAUCCGGAUCUGACAAUAGCGAAGCCGAAGCGCAAAGUGCUAAAGGUUAACAUCGAUAAGAAGAACCUGCAGCGGGUGUACUUAGACGCGACGCGGUUCCAGGAAAACAACCCGGGGAAGGUCGAUCCGCCUUUCGAGGCGAGUCGCGCCACUCUAUUCAUACAACGUGUACGUCUGUACGUCCUUUCGCCCCCCCUGCCCCCCCAUAGGCGCCUGGCCGCUCAACCGCACAUAUCUGCAGCUCGUUACCCUCGUGCCCUCUCCCCAUCCCUCCCAACCUCCACACUCCGAGCAACCGCACCUAACCCCUCCCUCUUCCCCUCUUUCCCCUCACCCCACCAGGUGGAGCUCUUGCACAACGUGUAUGUGAACGUGGCAGGUGCUACUCCUGCACAACGUGUAGGAGUAGCGGGCCAGGUGCUGCUGCUACACAACGUGUACAUCAACGUGGCGGGGCAGGUGUUCAACGCCACACACCUCUUUGACCACAACGCCUGCGCCGCCGACUCACCCUUCCACUACACCCCCGGCAACACCCAAGUCUCCUCCUUCCCCUCCCUCAUCUCCCUCGUCGACUGGUUCGGGUGGUCCGCGCGAGCCUACAUGCUAGACCUGGUGCCGUCCAUAGUGACUCUCGACACGGUGCUGCCACUGCUCAAGGGGGAGGGAGUGCCGGUGGCGCUGGGGUUGCGGGACCGGCAUGUGAAGAACCAGAUGGAGCAGGCGACGGGGCUGGGGCACUGGGAGCUGGUGGGGGUGCGGCUGGAGAGAAUGAACCCUCAGAUUCUCAAAGAGGGCGAGCUGUUCUUUGCUCACCGCCUCAUUCUCCCACUAAAGCAGCGGUGUGGGCGGCCCAGCAGGGCCAUGUGGUCGUACCUGCGCCACCGCAACCUGCUGCCCAAGCCCGGCCUCCCCAUCUACCGCCACGAGUUCAAGCCAACGUACCGGAGGCGCAAGGGCGAGGACCUAUCAGCGGGCAGCGAGUGGAUCGUAGUGGUGGCGAUGCGCGACGAGUGGAAGCCGCUGGUGCAGACGCUCAAGCUCACGCAGCAGCUGCUCAAGUGGCUGCCGCAGGACCGCAUUGUCACGUACCGGGACGGGUCGCUGCCCUUUGGCAAGCGCAAGGAGCUGUUUAACAGAGCGAGACUGCUGGUGGCGGCGCAUGAUAACGUGCUGGCUGACAUGGUCUUCAUGCCCGCUGGAGGGGCGGUGGUGGAGAUCCGGCCAGAGGAGGAGGCGGAUCCGACCUUCCACCACCUGGCGGACGCGUGCCAGCUGGACUACUAUCUGCUCUUCUCGGACGGGCGCAAGGCGGAUGGCAAGAAGGGCGGCAAGCCCAAGGUCAAGGACCCCAGAGUGGUGCACAAACUGCUCGAGAAGAUUGCCAGACGGAUACGGAAAGUGUAG